AUGAACAGAGGGAGCUAAAAUCAUCACCACCAUCACCAUAAUCAUCAUUUAUAGGAUUAAAAUGAAUCUUAAGCUUAAAAUAAUAAUAGCUUUUAAGAUUACUUGCAAAACAGCGCUCAUAAUUUGUCAUUCACAAAUUUACACUAAAAUACAAGCUUUGAUAUGGAUCAGGAGAAUAAUCACAACCACAACCAUAUACCUGCUCACAACAUGCCUCUUUCUCCAGCUCAUAGAAGCACAAACUAUAUUCCUCAAAGCUUUUUAUCCAAACCCUUUGAAGAUAACACUUAUGACGAUGUUGAAUAAAGGUCUCAGCAAUGGAAGCUGAAUUGGACUUAGUAACACAACAGCAACAACAAUCCUAAUACUCCUAUAGCUAGCAACACAGCUCAACUUUAAAAUUUUGAUAUUGCUCCAGCUGGCGCUUAAAAUUAAUAGGCUAAAGACUCUUUAUGGGAUAGUAAUUAUAUUGGUGAUCACCAUGCAAAUAAUGCUUUAAAUCCUGAUUUAGAAUUAGCAUCUAGUGCUGUAAUUAACAAUUUCAGUGGAGUUUUGAAUGAUAAUGCCUUAUUUAAUGAUGCAAAAGAUACUCCUAUGCACAAUCGUCAUUCAUACAGAUAAAAUAGUCUUCAUGAAAAUUUUGGUAUGGACAUGGAAGAAGAUUUCCACCCUAGCCAUAAUAGAUUUAAUCAAAACUAAAUGGAUAUUGAAGCUUUCGAUUAGAAUGGAACUCCUAAUUUAUUUAAAAAGAAUGCAGCAAAUAUUAUUAUGAAUUAUGAUAAUUAUUAAUAAUCUAUUAAGGUCAGUGAUAUAGUAAAAACUCCUUAUAAAAACUCCUCUUCUAUAAAUAAUAACAAUAACAACCACCUCAUAGAUUCAAUAACUAAUAAAAUACAACAAAGCAAACCUUUUAAUUAUUUAUUUAACCACGCUGGCGAUCACCUUAAUAAUGAUUUUAGAUUUAGUCCUAUUAAAUCAACAAAAAAUAUCCCUUUUGUAACUCCAAGCUACUUCGCUGAUAAAUAUGAAUCAGGAUACAAUCAUUUUGGUGAUCUGGCUGCUGCAUCUGAUGACUUCCCAUCUCCUAAGAUGGAAGAGUUAUAAUAAGCUUAAAAAUAAAAUAAUAAUCAAUCAGGAAAUAGUAAUCCUUAAAGCACAAAUACUAAUUAAAAUAAUACUGCUAAUCCUUAGCAAUCAGCUUAACCUUGUGUCUGUAAUUGUAAAAAGACAAAAUGUUUAAAGCUAUAUUGUGAAUGCUUUGCUAAACUUGGAUAUUGUGGUGAAGGAUGUCAUUGCCAUGAAUGCAAAAAUAGACCUGAAAAUGAAGAUGAAAGGUAAAACGCUAUACAGGAAGCUAAAUCAAGAAAUAAUGACGCUUUCUAGCCAAAAACAGAAUCGGAGCAAGAGAGAAAAAAUAAAGCAAAUAAUGAACAGAUGAAAAAGGGAUGCAAUUGCAGAAAAACUAAGUGCUUAAAGAAAUAUUGCGAAUGCUUUAAUGCUGGUACAUAUUGCAACAAUAUGUGCAAGUGCGAUAGUUGCGAAAAUCAUCCUAGAAAUGCUGCUCUCAUCCUUUAAAAGAAGAAUGGUUCGUGCGGUCCUUAAAUGGCUUCUAAUAUUAUACAACACCACCCAACUGAAACUGUUCCUCCUGGUUUGGUAGUUUCACAAUAUAAUUAGGGUGGCUAUUUCUAAAAUGCUUAUGGCUAAUUAAAUCUUCAUUAGCAUGUUUAGUCACAGCACAGCAGAAACUAAUAAGAUUCUCAUUACUUGCAUCCAAGUUAAUUAUAUAAGUCAAACAAGCUAUAAGGCAGAAUCCUAUUUGAUGAUAAUAACGAAGAAUCAGAUCCAAAUAAUGUUUACAAUAAGCAAAGCAAAGAAGUCAGUAGGUAUUUGCUUAAUAAAAUGAGAAAAUAAAAGAAGCCUAUAAUAAAGAACAGAAGAGAAGGACUUGAAAACUCAGAUGAAGAGAUUGAGAACCAGUCAUAAGAUUUGUCUUCUUAAUAAUCAUUCACUCUCUUAAGAGCAAGCAAGCGUGCAAGUAACAACGAUCAAAAUAUAAUAUCAAAGGAUUUGGACAUUUCUGAUGAGGAGUAUUAGUAGUAAAAGUAAAUAGAGGAUAUGGAAAAAAAGCUCAAACAGAUAUAGUAGAUGUAGCUUUUGCUAUAGUAGUAGUAGUAGCUCCUUAAAUAAGAGUAAGAGAAAAUCUUAAAUUCUAACUAAAAUAUCAAUAAAGACUAAUAAGAGAAUCAUAAGUUAAACAAUGGUUAAAGUUCUCCUCAUUAAAUCUUAGACAGCAAAUUAAAGAAGUAGAAGGAAGAACUAGAAUAAUAAUUCAAUGCUAACGGCUGGAUUAAUAAUGACUCAUCUCAGCAAAGAUUUAUAUCUCCUCCUUCAAGCAAUUUUAAUAAUAAGGAUGAAGAUAUAGACGAAGAGGAAUGCUGUGGAGAUAAAGACAAAGAGGAAUAAGAGCAAGUAAAGGCACACUAAAUUCUCAAUGGCAUAAAGAAAAACAAAAAGAAGCAUUUAAAGAAAAAAGAAUAGCUCUCAGAAGAAAAAAAGCAUCAAUAAAAAGAGAAAGUGGUUGCAUUUGCCAAAGAAAAGUAUACUUCUUACGAUGAAGACCAAGAAAGUUCUGUCUCCUACUCAAAUUAUAGCACUUUAACUUAAUUUAAUUAGCAGAAUAGCAAUCAAUAAUAAGCUAACUCUCAAUUCAGAAGCAGAUUAAACUCAGAAAAUUACGAAUAAAUUCGCCAAAAAAGCAUUUAGUAUAACUGUCAAUUCUCUUUACUCAGCUCAAAUCCUACUAAGUGUUCUUCUAAUUUAUUUGACCCUUCAUCCUAUUCCAGAUAAAACGAAGAACUGUACAAUAAAGAAUUUUUCCCCUUUUAAUCCUAGAGAAUCAAAAAGAAUUCAGCUCACAUAAUAAAAGCUCCAUGA